GAGGGUGAUAAGACAACAUUCCUAACCUCCUGUCAGUGAGAGAGAGCAGCGCAGAGGAAAGCAGAGGAGCCUCCCAACCAACCCAGGCCCUCCCCAGUCCCUCCUAGUCUUCACUUUGUUCCACAUCCAGAAGAGGACCCUGUGCUGUGCUACCUACGGCUUUUUACCCUGCUCUCCUGUGAAUCCUACCCGUACUGCUCGUUGCCGUGCUCUUCUGUGAAUCCUACCCGUACUGCUCGUUGCCGUGCUCUUCUGUGAAUCCUACCCGUACAGCUCUUUACUGUGCUCUUCUGUGAAUCCUACCCGUACUGCUCGUUACCGUGCUCUUCUGUGAAUCCUACCCGUACUGCUCGUUGCCGUGCUCUUCUGUGAAUCCUACCCGUACAGCUCUUUACUGUGCUCUUCUGUGAAUCCUACCCGUACUGCUCGUUGCCGUGCUCUUCUGUGAAUCCUACCCGUACUGCUCGUUGCCGUGCUCUUCUGUGAAUCCUACCCGUACAGCUCUUUACUGUGCUCUUCUGUGAAUCCUACCCGUACAGCUCUUUACUGUGCUCUUCUGUUCAAUAACAACUCUACUGCUGCUUCGUCCUACACCAGCUGUUGACAGCCAGACCAACGUCGACUAGUCAGCUACUCCACGACCCCAUCACUGCACUGGGCAGGCACACCACUUCCUCCUCACUGCACUGGGCAGCCACACCACUUCCUCCUCACUGCACUGGGCAGCCACACCACUUCCUCCUCACUGCACUGGGCAGCCACACCACUUCCUCCUCACUGCACUGGGCAGCCACACCACUUCCUCCUCACUGCACUGGGCAGCCACACCACUUCCUCCUCACUGCACUGGGCAGCCACACCACUUCCUCUUCACUGCACUUCCCUCAAGUAGAACACGCUGUCUGAGAAGAACACUGGUGGACGGUGGGUCAGUGAAUCCCAUCAGGUAACUUCCUGAUUUCAGACGGUGGGUCAGUGAAUCUCAUCAGAGAUGAAGAUACAGACCACUCCCACCAUGGACGCCCUGACGUCCAUCCUGUCCAACGCGUCUUCAGAGAGUAGCUGUGCUCCUGUCGAUAACACUGUGGAGAACAUGGUGUUUGGAGGUUACUACAUUCUGGUCUUUCUCCUGGCGCUCAAUGGUAACGCCUUGGCCCUCUGGAUCUUCUCCCGGCAGCGUGGCACAUCCUCUCCCGCUAACGUCUUCCUGCUGCACCUGGCUGUGGCCGACCUCUCCUACGUCAUAAUCCUGCCUCUCCGCGCCACAUACCACCUCACGGGGGGCCACUGGCCGUUCGGCGAGGUUCCGUGUCGAGUCGCCGGCUUCCUGUUUUAUGUCAACAUGUACGCGAGUCUCUACUUCUUGGCGUGCGUGGCUGGGGAUCGCUACCUGGCCGUGGUGCACGCCGUGAGGUCACUGAAGAUCCGCCGUGCCCGCUACGCCCACACCAUCAGUUUUUCUCUGUGGGUGCUGGUCACCGUCUCCAUGGCGCCCCUGCUGGUCACCCGCCAGACUGCGGAGGUGGACGGGAUGACGGUGUGUCUGCAGCUGUACAGGGAGAAAGCCUCCCGCAAGGCCCUCGUCUCUUUAGCCGUAGCCUUCACCCCUCCUUUCCUCUCCACACUGACCUGCUACCUGCUCAUCAUCCACAGCCUGAGGAGAGGAUCCCGACUGGAGCCCCAGCUGAAGCUGCGAGCCCUGAGGACCAUCGGCCUGGUCAUGCUAAUCUAUGUGGUGUGCUUCCUGCCGUACCACGCCUCCAGAGCCACGUUCAUCCUGGGGUACGCCCACCCAGAUGUCUCCUGCCAGACCAGGCGGGGGCUGUCCCUGGCCAACCGCGUCACCUCCUCCCUCACCUGUCUGAACGGGGGCCUGGAUCCUCUGGUGUACCUGUUUGGGGCCGAGAAGUUCCGGGGAACGGUGAGGAGGCUGUUCUUUAGAGACAGGGCCGGGGGAUCAGGGGCCACCAGUGCAGGAGAGCUGAAGGGAACACACGAGAGCUCUGUCAGCGCCAAGUCUGAGUUCUGAGAAGCUGGAGGUGGAACCAUCUGAAAUAUUAACUUUAUCUGAAAGACUUAUUUUUAAGUCAGUUUUUAAAUACAUUUUUCUACCUGUUUUCACUCAAGCCUCUCAAUACUUAUUUUUAUACUGCCUCUCCUGUCCAUAUGAGACUGUAUCUUUGUUCUCUACUGCCUCUCCUGUCCAUAUGAGACUGUAUCGUUGUUCUGUACUGCCUCUCCUGUCCAUAUGAGACUGUAACUUUGUUCUGUACUGCCUCUCCUGUCCAUAUGAGACUGUAUCUUUGUUCUCUACUGCCUCUCCUGUCCAUAUGAGACUAUCUUUGUUCUCUACUGCCUCUCCUGUCCAUAUGAGACUGUAUCUUUGUUCUCUACUGCCUCUCCUGUCCAUAUGAGACUAUCUUUGUUCUCUACUGCCUCUCCUGUCCAUAUGAGACUGUAUCUUUGUUUUCUACUGCCUCUCCUGUCCAUAUGAGACUGUAUCUUUGUUCUCUACUGCCUCUCCUGUCCAUAUGAGACUGUAUCUUUGUUCUCUACUGCCUCUCCUGUCCAUAUGAGACUGUAUCUUUGUUCUCUACUGCCUCUCCUGUCCAUAUGAGACUAUCUUUGUUCUGUACUGCCUCUCCUGUCCAUAUGAGACUAUCUUUGUUCUGUACUGCCUCUCCUGUCCAUAUGAGACUAUCUUUGUUCUCUACUGCCUCUCCUGUCCAUAUGAGACUGUAUCUUUGACUUUAACUUUGUCUUUGAAAUCAAUUAGAGUUUGUUUCAUUAUCAUCUCCCUUCAGUUGGAACUAUUUUCAACCCUGCCAAAGUGCUGGUAAAGACCAAAUCAAUGGAUGCCAUCCCAGCUGUAAUUCUAAUUGUACAGUAUUUUGCGUAAAACCUUGUUUUUUUUAAAGGGGGGGGAAUGCAUGCCUUUUCAUCUUAGUAGGUCAUGAUCUGUUAACUCUUUAAAAUCGUGCUUAGUAAUGCCUAACAUGCUUUUGGGCAUGGUUAUUAUUAUGAUAAUACAAUCUUAUUCUCACCAAUUAAAGUGUAUCUUCAAUGUU